UACACUUCAUGAACCCACCCUUCUGAUCUGAAGAGAAUCACCUCUCACUAACCCCUUCAUUUGGCUCACAGACACACAGUGGAACACACAGUGGAACACAUCCCAGUAGCUCCCAGUCCUGUGUCUCUGACCAUUGGUAACCAUGAUGCAGGUUUGGAUCCUCUCACUACUGCUGCCUCUCACACUGUCAUUCUCUGGUCUACACGUUGAUCCUAGCAAAAUCAAUGCUUUCCCAGAGAGACAAAUAGCUGGGGUGUUUCUGGUCAGCUACACAAAUAACCUCAACCAGUUUGCCUAUGCCUUCAAUGCCUCUGAGGCCAGGGAGGUGUGCUGGUCUCUGGGUGUAACCAUGGCCUCCAAUUCCCAGGUUGAGGAGGCUCAGAGACUGGGCUUGGAAACAUGCAGAUUUGGGUGGAUUGAUGAACAUUUUGCAGUGAUCCCUCGUCUUGAGGCCAGUAAAACCUGUGGUCAAAAUCAGACCGGUGUCAUCAAAUGGAGAGCCUCUGUCACCAAACUUUUUGAUGUGUUCUGCUUCAAUGCUUCAGUGAUACAAUUGGAGGACACCACAGUGAUACAAUUGGAGGAUACCACAGCUGAUACCGCUUUGACCACACCGAAGCAACAGGAGGGAGCACAUCCUUCUCCUUCAGAAGCGGCCUCAUCCCCCUCUACCUCCCUCUCUCCAGCCAUCAUUCAUCUUGUCCCCUCCACACAGUCCGCCCGGCCCACCUCUCAUUCUCGCUCCUCUCUUCUCUCUCUCAGUAGUUUUUCUGAUAGCCCAGAGGAGGUAGAGGUAGAACUACCCCAGUCCAUGAGCAGCGCAAUACUUAUCACCUCGACCAUUGUUCUUCUUCUGACCGCAAUGGCCAUUCUCUUGUACUUUAGAACGAACAAUGGCCUCAAGACUAUUCUCCCCUGCUGGGAUGGGGAGCAGCAGAAAGAGUACAUUGAGACAAAGGAGUGUGCAGCACACACCUGUAUAAAGGACACAAAGGAAGCCCAGACUGAGACUGAAGCUAAGGCUGAGCCUGAGGAGGAUGUGUGCAAAGAGACAGCCAAUGACAUCAGUGUGAACAUCAGUGAUGAGACCAACGCAGAUUCAGCAUCAGAGACAGAACCUUGAUGCUUUAGAUUAUGUACGACCAAAGAUAAGGUCUGGCUGCUUUUUUAAAGUUGUGUUCCUUUUUUAAAGUUGUGUUCCUGCUUAUGGAAGUUAUGUUGUUUAGUAGUUUGUAUAAAGUGUGCAUUAAUGUUAUUCAAAUGCAUUUAUUUAUAGCAUGGGAUGCCUUUCCAAUUUUGCUUUAAAAAGUUAUUUUAUGUCUCCUUGUUGUUUUGUUGUUCAUGUUCACAAUAGAUUAUUCUAGAGAGCGUCCUAUAUUUUAACCACUAGAUGGCGAUGUCAUCAAUGCAAUUAUUGCUGCAACGUGGAUAAAUUGAGACUAGGACUAGUAUAGUAGCUGAAUUGAAAAUGGUUUGUUAUUUUCUGCUAUACAUAUAAUUGAUUUUACGACUUCAGAAAAGGUUAGUCAGUAUGCCAGGGCCACUGCUAACUACUGCAUUUUAAACCAUGUUUUUAAACUAAUGCCAAUCUUGAAUUGAUGGAAUAAAUUCAAACUUUUGUA